GCCGCCGCCGCCGCCGCCCGGACACGGCUGAGAGAGUGUGCGGAGCUCCGGGAGAUCCGGAUCCCCAGCUACCUACCUGCAGCCGCUGCCCAGAAUCGGGCCGCCACCAUGGAGCUUCUGCUGGGCUUGGUGCUCCUGUGUGGGGUCGCGGAUUUCACCAGAGGCUUGAGUAUCACCACUCCUGAACAGACGAUCGAAAAAGCUAAAGGGGAAACAGCCUAUCUGCCCUGCAAGUUCACCCUCAGCCAGGAAGACCAGGGGCCAUUGGACAUUGAAUGGCUGCUCUCUCCAUCCGAUAAUCAGCAGGUGGAUCAAGUGAUUAUUUUAUACUCUGGAGACAAAAUUUAUGAUGACUACUAUCAAGAUCUGAAAGGUCGAGUACAUUUCACAAGUAGUGAUCUCAAAUCUGGUGAUGCAUCAAUAAACAUAACAAAUUUACAACUAUCGGAUAUCGGCACCUAUCAGUGCAAAGUGAAAAAAGCUCCUGGUGUUGCCAAUAAGAAAGUUCUGCUGACUGUUCUCGUUAAGCCUUCAGGUACAAGAUGUUUUGUUGAUGGAUCAGAAGAAAUUGGAAAUGAUUUCAAGCUAAAAUGUGAACCAAAAGAAGGCUCACUUCCCUUGCGAUAUGAAUGGCAAAAAUUGUCUGAUUCCCAGAAAAUGCCCACUCCAUGGCUAGCAGAAAUGACUUCACCUGUUAUAUCUGUCAAAAAUGCUACUUCUGAGUACUCUGGGACAUACAGCUGCACAGUCCAGAACAGAGUGGGCUCUGAUCAGUGCCUGCUUCGCCUUGACGUUGUUCCUCCGACGAAUCGAGCUGGAACGAUUGCAGGAGCGGUUAUAGGAACUUUGCUUGCCCUUCUGCUUAUCAGUAUUAUCAUCUUCUGCUGCCACAAAAAGCGCAGAGAAGAAAAAUAUGAAAAGGAAGUUCAUCAUGAUAUCAGGGAAGAUGUGCCUCCUCCCAAGAGCCGGACGUCCACUGCCAGAAGCUAUAUUGGAAGCAAUCAUUCAUCGCUGGGAUCUAUGUCUCCUUCUAACAUGGAAGGUUAUUCCAAGACUCCCUAUAACCAAGUACCAAGCGAAGACUUUGACCGUGCUCCUCAGAGUCCUACUCUUGCUCCUGCCAAGGUAGCUGUCCCUAAUCUAAGUCGAAUGGGAGCCAUCCCAGUGAUGAUUCCAGCACAGAGCAAGGAUGGGUCUAUCGUAUAGAGCCCCUGUACUUCCUUUGUGGUUUUUUUGUUUUGUUUGUUUUUUACUCUGUGUUUCUUUUAUUCUCUUGUUACAGAAUCCUAUUCACUCUAAAUUUUGUCAACAGCCUCAAAAUAUCU